AUGACUUCAAAAUGUGAGACCAAACUAGAAUAUGACGAUGUCACUCAAGAAGAUCAGGAGAAAUUUAUGAAAGAGGCACUCUCAAUGGGAGAGAAAGCUCUGGAAGCCGGUGAAACCCCAGUAGGAUGCGUUCUUGUAUUACAGGGCAAAAUAAUCGGAUCCGGAAUGAAUGAUACAAAUCGGUCUAUGAAUGGCACGAGACAUGCAGAAUUCCUCGCAAUCGAAGAAGCACUUCAGACAUACCCAAGGUCUAUUUUUAAGCACGUCGACCUCUACGUGACUGUCGAACCAUGCGUGAUGUGUGCUUCAUUGUUGAGGCAGUAUAACAUUCGUCGUGUGUUCUUUGGCUGCGCCAAUGAGAGAUUUGGCGGUACCGGAAGUGUCUUGUCAUUACAUUCAGAUCCCUGUAUAGACCCGCGUUAUCCAGUGCAUAGUGGAAUAUUUAAAAACGAUGCCAUCCUGUUACUGCGACGAUUUUAUAUACAAGAAAAUGAAAACGCACCGAACCCGAAACCAAAACGAAACCGUGAAUUAAAUACCGAGUUUUCAAGUGAGGCAUAG